UCUGUAUUAUAAUUGACGUCCGGCAGCUGCUGUGCUGUAACACUCGUUCGCGAAACAGAUAAUAAUAUAUUGUGCACAGCAUACGAGUUCCGACGUGCUUUUCCGGACGAUAAUACUAUUAUCUUUUAUUGCCGUGUGGUCGUGUGCGAACUUGUAUUGAUUUCGUCGUGACGGAAACACGGCGGAUCAAUUAUUAUACGCAGUAAUGUUUCAUAAUAUGAUCCGUUUCACAACUUUGAUUCGGCUUGACAAUAUCACAAUACAUACAUGAAAGCUUCUACCAUCGAACUUCGCGGUACACAGCCAGCAGCAGACGGUUAAUAAUAAUGAUGAUCGCCUACAUUGUUGAUCGCGGAUAAUAUUAUUUACAUACAAUUGUCGGCGGUGUAUAGCUGCAUAUAGUGUAUACAUACAAAUUCGUGUUCAGAGGUCGUGUCUGGAAACGACAACGACUUAUCUCGGCUGCAGAAGCUGCAGUUUUGGUCGGAUAUGUCCACACCGGCGGUCACCACUCCGGUGGAUGUCGCCACUACAACGGCGAAUACCGUACCGGCCGUCGCGGUCGUCGCGGCUCUGGUAGAUCCAGCGAACGAUCGUCGAUCGCCACCGGAAAAAGUCUCCAGGAAUACAAGGCAUGUGAGCAUGCCGCACAUAGAUUCUCGACCUCAUCGUUUGCAGGAAACGACGACGGCUGUCACGAAGUCUGGCAAGGAGCAAACAGCGCACCAGCAGCGUCUGCAGUACGGCAGGUCGAAUAGUACGGCAGUGGCGACGACGGCCGAAAGGGGUGUGCAUCGUGUCAGUGGCGGUGGUGGUAAUGGUGGUGUCGGAGCGGGAUUCAAGAGCAAAUUGCGCAACUCGUUCAGGUCAACCGCCAAGAGGAUCCGGCAACAGCAAUCGGCUAUCGACGCGUUAGCAAAAAAUAGCCAAAUGCUUGGAUUGCACAACCUCCAGGACAGUUCCAGGACAAUACAGGCGCAACGGGCUGCUGGUCGGGAGGUCACCGGUCAGGCGUCUAAACAUCGACCACAAAAUCAACAGGGCGUGGUAUUGUAUUCAUCGUCGGGAAGCGACCAUAGUCUCGGAAGAGAGAGGUCGCCGACCAUUAGCAGCUACCCAAAAGGAUCUCCUUCACUAUGGACAGGCACUUGCAGCCCAUUAGGUGGUUCACAAUUUUCUUUGGCAACUCAAAACACGUGCUGUUGUCAGCAUGUGGUCAACAAUUGCAAAAUGAUGAUAGAAAACAACAACAAUAUGUGGCAACAAAAUUCGUUCAAACACAAUAGGGGCAAUAAUUCUGGGCCAAAAAAUUCAAAUGGAGAACCAUACGAAGAUAGUGACGGCUUGACGUGGAGGAGGUUGCACAUGAGCAGAGCAAAACUCAAAGCUACAGCUACCACAUCUGAACUAUUAUCUGGAUUUGCGAUGGUUGCGAUGGUGGAGCUGCAGAUCAACGAGCCGACCAUGGUGCCCGAAUGGCUGUUCAUCAUGUUCGCGGUGUGCACCACCGUGCUGGUGGCCGUGCACAUAUUCGCGCUGAUGAUCAGCACGUACCUGCUGCCCAACGUGGACGCAAUCAGCAAGCUGCAGAGCACCAAGCUGAUCCAGGAGUCGCCGCACGAGCGCAUGCGCGGCUUCGUCGAGCUGGCCUGGGCGUUCUCCACCGUGCUCGGGCUGUUCCUGUUCCUGGUCGAGGUGGCCAUACUGUGCUGGGUCAAGUUCUGGGACCACUCGGUCCGGGCCGCCAUGGCCGCCACCAUAAUCGUCAUACCGGUGCUGGUCAUAUUCGUGUUCUUCGUGUUCCACUUCUACCGGAACCUGGUCGUGUACAAGUGCAAGUCCACCGUGUCCGACAUCAAGGAACUGGAGGCCAUGAAGAAGAAACUGGACGCGGCCGGCACCACGAAAGUCGUCUGAUCCGCGCUCGCCGGCCGUUCGGUAGUUUUCGCGUUAUUUUCAAACAACGAGAAAAUAUGCCCACUCUCGCGAGAGUCAUUCUCGCGAUAUCAAUCGCAUAACAUUGUAUUUCCGGUGCACUACCGCAAUAGGGACUAUUAAAUCCCAUCACACAUAUAACGAAUAGAAAUAAAUCUAAACGAAUAUUUAAAUGAAAUCAUUAUAUAUGAAACACCUGACGUUGUGCGCCAAUAACUCUUGUAAAUUAAAUCUAUUAUAAUAUGGCAAAUAUGCCAAAAAUAUGCACUACCUACCUAUUAACAUUUAUAUUUUUAUCACUGUUGUUAUGAAACGGAUGUGUACCUCACUUAGCAUGUUUACCUAUAUGUAGCAAGAGUAUAUGGGAACGCACGAACUUACAAAUUUUGGUUAUUAUAUUAUUUAAUAAUAAUCCAAUAAUAAUUUAUUUUACCAUUGUCGUCAAAUUAUUAUAAUAU